AUGUCAACACUCAACAUUGAAAGACUGUUUGGAGUGAGAGGCUAUGUCGCUCUCGUCACAGGAGGAACCAGUGGCUUGGGCUUCAUGAUAAGCAAGGGAUUUGUGACGAAUGGCGCGAAGGUAUACGUAGUCGCGUUACCCACUGAACCGAUUGCAGAAAAGGUGUCGGAACUCAAUGAGAUUGGACGCCCCGCAGGUGGCUCAGCGAUCGGUAAAAAGGACUCUAUAGCAGAGCUAGCAUCCACGAUUCGCAGUCGAGAGAGUCACCUUGACGUACUGAUCUCGAACGCUGGCAUACGAAGAGAUCCUCCAGUUGCUUGCGACGUUCUUUCGGCUCCGUUAUCUGAGCUGCAAGCUUCCAUGUGGUCGUCACGGCAUUCCGACUGGGCCGAUACUUUCUCUGUGAACACGACCGCCCACUACUUCUUGUCUGUAGCAAUGCUACCACUCUUGGCCGCAGCUUCGCAAACCACCUCGACCGAUGGACGUAUGGGCAGAGAGGAUGGUCGUGGUGCCAUUGUGUUAACAAGCUCUUGCGCAAGUAUGCACAAUGCCACGAACGUAGACUUGACCAGCUAUGCCACGAGUAAAGCGGCAACAGACCAUCUCGUCAAACUACUAGCCGCCAAGUUCAGUCGAUUCUACGUUCGAGUCGUCAGUAUCAACCCUGGAUUCGUUCCAAGCAAGAUGAAUCCAGUUGGUGAAGCCGGGAACAUGUUUAGCUCUCUUUUCGAUCGCGUUCCGGCUAGACGAGCUGGAAAUGAGGAAGACAUUGCCGGGACUGUCAUUUAUCUCGCCAGUCGAGCAGGUGCAUAUAUCGAUGGCGUCUCUAUCUGUGUUGACGGAGGACGCGUUCUCGUCGCAAAUGGGCAAGAGUGA